UAUCAAAAAUCUACCGAUAAACAUAAUUUAUAGAAUAAAUACAGUACCACAGUGGUACUGGUAGUGCAAAAUGAGAAAAAAAAAAUUAAUGGCAAAAAACCUUUUAAACCAGGCGACCCACAUAACAGGACCGAACCGUACGACGCGUAACCACCACCACCACCACCGACGACCGAGUACCGAGAGCGGUACCACCACCACCGGCCUCUUCGUAUCUAAUCAUCCCGCGGUCGACGUUUCCUGGUUGGCCCGAAAUUACCGCUUCAAUUUUUUCCCAGUCCCUUGUGAGCGGCAUUUCGUGUCGUUCAGUCGAUCGGUGACCGUUCGAUCGAUUGCUGUUGUGAUUUCGUUUGGCCGGACACGGAAGAGUGGUUGGUGUGCGUUGUUGUUGUUUGUUGUUUCGGUGGGAGUAUCGAUCGAUCGAUCGAUCAGGAAGAUGGAGUUCGACAUUGACCAGUUUUGUAGAGACAUUGAAAUGGAGUUGGACGUUACGUUGAGGAGGACCAACUCCAAAGAGGCCGAAGAGCCAAAGAAGGAAUGGCAAGAGUACUGGGCAUGUGAGCAAUCGAUAGCUAGCGCCAGGGCGAGCGUGAUGAUAUACGAUGACAUGAACAAGAAAUGGGUUCCGUCUGGAACGUCGUCGGGACUCUCCAAGGUGCACAUCUACCAGCACACCAUACAGCAGACUUUCCGUGUGGUGGGACGUAAACUGCAGGAUCACGAGGUUGUAAUAAACUGUGCCAUUUUAAAAGGACUGAAAUACAAUCAGGCGACACCCACGUUCCAUCAGUGGAGGGACAAUAAACAAGUUUACGGGUUAAAUUUUAGUUCCAAAGAAGAUGCAGACUGUUUUGCAAAAGCAAUGUUUCACUCGCUGGAAGUACUUAGCAACGUAGUGAGGCCGCCGCCGCAGUCGCAGCCGGUGCCGCAGCCGCCCCAGCAACCGCCCCCGUCACACCAGAUGCCUCCGCCGCAACAGUUCCAGCCGCAAGUGCCGCCGCACGUGCCGCCCCACAAUCACUACGCGGAAGAAGACAUGGGGUACAGGACGAUGACACGCGAGGACGUGGCAAUGAUCCAAGAGCGACGGAUAUCGGCGACGAUCAUGUCGCCCCAGCAAACCUCGCCGAUGACGCCCCAAAACAACGUGCCUGCUCCGCCCGCCAUGCCCGUGCCGAUGGCCAUGGCCGCCCCCACGCCCGUCUCGCCGCCCCAGCAGCAACAGGGCCCCGGCCAUCAAAGGACCACGAGUGCGCCCCCGGCUCCGCCGCCACCACCGGGACCGGCAGGUCCGCCGGCUGGUGCGGCGCCUCCUCCGCCUCCGCCACCACCAAUGAAUAUGUCCAGGAGUCAGAGCAGUGACGGUGGCGAAAUUAACUCGUUGGCGGUGCAGCUGCAGAGCUGUCGCCUUAAAAAGAAUAGCAAGAAUCCACCUCCAGCAACAGAAAACAGUGGUUCAUCCACCAGCAGUGGUGGUAGCAGCAAUUACGGUACCCUAGGACGAGGAGGAGGCGGCAGUAUGGCCUCCAUGAUGGACGAAAUGGCUAAAACGUUAGCCAGAAGAAGGGCAGCUGUGGAAAAGAAAGUUCCAGACAACAAAGACGAAGACGACAAAAAGGCGAUGUGGGAAAAGACGAACACCCUUCCCGCUAACACGUCGAAAUUCAACAAUGAAUCGCCGAAGAGCGUCCGAAAACGAUUCGGCUCCGCAUCUGAGGAGACCAUCCUCAAGGUGAACGGUCUGUCCGAAGUUAACAGUUUAUCGUUGGGACCCACCGAAAUGGAGAGUCUGAAAAACGAAAUAGUUAAGGAGAUGAAGAAAGAAAUUGCCAAAUUGAAACAGGACAUUUUAGAUGCAAUCAAAAUCGAACUGAACCGAAGGUAAUUUAUUCUAUAUAUCAGCCAAUAUGGAACAAAUGAAUUGCUUCAUCGCACUUCACCGUUAAAAACUGUGAACUGUUUUUGUAUAAUUUUUACAAUUGAAACAGACCAUGCGAGAAUUUAUAACAUUAAUAAAACUAAAUAAAAUACUAGUGUAAUCUAAUGUAAUAUCGCUCUUCUACAUUAUAUAAAGACAUACGCGCAUAUUUCGGAAUACGGACAGUAUGUUGGUAAUUAACAAUUUCCUGAGAGCUAUUCUGUACUUUGGCGUUUGCGAAAAUCAAACUUUUUUUUAUGGGUUAUACACGGGGUCCUUUGUUGAAUGGUACCUGUGAAUUUAUGUGUGGAAUGAAUCAAAAUAAAUUAGAGCCCAACGUAUGGGUAAUGUUUUACAGAGGACCUUCAAUAAUAAAUGGUUGUGUCUAGUUUGGCUAAUAUUUGACAAUCACAAUUCAGUAUAUUCAGGUCCUACUCAUUUGUAUUAUGUAUAUUUAAACGCAUAAUCAUGAAUUGUUUUGUAUUUAUGGAAUAUAUUCAAAAUUGUGAUGUUGAAACUUAGCUUACAAUUUAUAUUAGUACAGAACAGCCCAUUUUAAUAUAAUGCUAUAUAGAUGUCGUGAAAUAUAGAGCACUUAUAAGUUUUAACAUAGUAUUUAUUUUAAUAUUAUAUAAGUUAUAUUAUUGAAUAUUAAAAAAUGUUUUAGUGAUUCCUACAUUGAGGCACGCCCCUGAAAUACCUUUUUGACGGGAUGUAGACGGUUUCCAAAUUACAACUAGAGUUUCUAGUCAUACAAAACUUACUACGAACAGACAUAUCCGAUUUGUAAUUGCUCCUGAGUCAAAUUGAGUCCCGCUGGAAAACGCUUUUUCUUUGGCGUGUCCCAAUUUUUUGUAUAUAAUAAAAAGUAUAUAGAGUAAGGGACUUCCAUCUAACCCACAGCACGGCCUUUAGAUCUAAAAUCCAGCCGUCAAUAUUUUAUUGAAUAUUGGACACAAUGAGUCUGAACCCCCCGUAUUUUAUUCCUCUGGUGUGGUGUUUUAAGUCGGUGGGUCGUGUUGUGGUGCCUCUGAGUUUGGGUUAUUUCCAGCAUCAUUCGAUCUCCACAUUCAUCGUCGUUAUUUCAGUAUUUCAGACAAAAGUAGGGUGUAAAUGUUAGUUUAGAUGUGACAGCAUCUAUUGCAGCUAUCAACGUUAACGAACCAAUUUCACUUUGGUGAAGAUGUACGUUCAGUAUUGUAAUAAUGUUAGAGAAAAGUGCCAAGAAGCAGUUGUCGGCUUGUGGGGUCGAACUUGAUGCGCAAGAAUUUUUUUUUUUUUUAGGAUUUCCAUAAAUGAAACAAUGGCCGUGUAUAUUAUAGACUCCUGACGAGUUUGAAUAGUCGCUUGAUAUGAUAGUUUAGUGUCAAAAAUCAUAUAUACAUCGAAACAACUCCAUUAAUCCAUUAUUCGCAUUUUAUAUAACUGUAAUCAGUAACUUUAUUAACCGGAUGCACCGAAAGUUUUUGUUACGAUCGAUCAUUUUUAUAUCGUUAACGAAACAUUUGUGCAAAUGUCAUUGUAUAACAUUUACUUUUUUUGUACAGCGGGAACAAAAAGUGACAUUUUCCGGACGGUCUAGAAAGUAACAAAAAUUUUCCAUGGCAAACAUAAGACUUAAGUUAUUAUUAUGGAUUAUUCUACGAUUUUUAAUGUAAACUUACCUAAAUUGAAAUGUAUUAAUAAGUGGUUUAUAUAAAAUUUAAACAUAAUCAAUAAUAAACCGUUAAUAAAUUUUAUUUAAUAUGUUAUACAACUUUGUGAUAUUGUAUUUGAUAGCUCAAAGUCAUUUUACUGUCCACACAUGUGAAAUAUUUCACUGUACUAGGGCGGAUGGCUUUUGGUCUUUGUAUUUUGCUUUAGAAGUCAAGGACAAUUUUGUGUGUCGAUAUUUUUUUAACCCUACGUUCUGGUUUCUUUUAUAUGUUAUAUUUAUAUUACUGUCAAGUGAUCUCAAGUCAAAAUUAGCACAAUUUUCUAUGAUUUCCAUAUUUAUAUUUGAUGAAUGUGUUUUAUCUGUAACUAAUUUGAGUUACACGUUUUCAAAUGUAUUUGAGUAAUAAACAUACUUAAAAUA